ACUGGUGGAUUUGAACUGCCAAACUUUUGGUUAGCAGCCUGUAGCUCUUAACCACUGCACCACCAGGGCUCCUUGUAGGGAGCAUUAUUUUUCCAGGCUGAAACCAUACCCAUCUCCUUCCUUUUCUUUUGAAAUUCCACUAUGCCAAAAGGAGCCAGAAUACUCUUUUUGUCAGAGACCAGCAGAAAAUCUCUUUCCAGUGAACAAAAAUAAAGUGCAUGAUCUAUGAGUGGAGUACUUUUUACCAGGAGGAGGCACAACUUUAACUAAAAGUGUCAUAUGUUAUAUAGUGAAAAUAAGAAGAAGAUGGCAAAUGUAUAAUGAGUGGUGGUUGUGGGUGUAACUUAGCCACAACAGGUCGUUCUGACAAGAGGACAUGUAAGGAGAAAGUUGAAUGAAGUAUAAACAUGAGUCAUGCAAGUAUCAGGCAGUAGAUCAUUCCAUGAAGCGAGAAAAGCAAAUGCAAAAACCAAUAGACAACAGUGGGUUUGGUGCUUUUAACCCUGAGGAUGGUUUUCUGGUGUGGGAAAAAAAAGACAGGGUGGAUGAACCUCAGAAACAGUAGGCUAAGUGAAAGAAAGCAGACGCAAAAGACCACAUAUUAUGAUUCUAUUUUUAUGAAUUGAUCAGACGUUCUAUAAAAUUUAAAUCUAUAAAGAUGAAAAGGAAGUUAAUGAUUGGGGCUAGGGGUCAGAAUGGGGAAUAAACUGCUCAUUGGCACUAACUUUGUGUUCUGAUGAUAGAAAUGUUCUGCAGUUGGAUUGUGGUGAAGGUUAUUCAGCUCCACAAACUUACUAAUUGAAUUGUAUACUUAAAUGAGUGCAUUUGGUGGGAUGUGAAUUACAAUUUAAUGAAGCUCUUUAAAAAAAGAAGAGUGAGUCAUAUGCAUAUCAGGGGUUGGAUCAAUUCCUGCAGAGAGAAGAGAAAGUGCAAAGGCCUGGGGGUAGUGGUGAGUUUAGUGUGUAUAACAUGAAGCCUGUGUUUUGAGAUGGGGAAGAAAAGGCAGAUGGGUUACACAAGGCUCUUUUGAUCGAUAGGGCCUCAGUUUAUCCUUCUGUCCAGUGGAAGAAGAGAAAAUAGCAAUCAUUGUCCAGAUAAGGGUGGAAUUUGUCCUGUGAGAUAAACUGAGAGUGUCUGUGAGCAAGAAGAGACUCAGGAGCCAGGACUGGGAGAGGCUAGGAAAGCAGUGCAAUGGCUUCAGUCCAGGCAAACAUAGAGAAGGAGGUGACCUGCCCCAUCUGCCUGGAGCUCCUGACGAAACCCCUGAGCCUGAACUGUGGCCAUAGCUUUUGCCAAGCCUGCAUCACUGCAAAGAAUGUGGAGUUACAGACCGUCAUCAGCCCAGGAGGGCAAAAAAGCUGUCCUGUGUGCCAUGCCAGCUACCAGCCUGGGAACCUAUGGCCUAAUCAGCAUCUGGCCAAAAUAGUGAAGGGAUUCAGGGAGGCCAAGUUGAGCCCACAGGAGGGGCAAAAGAGUGAUCGCUGUGUGCACCAUGGAGAAAAACUCCUGUUGUUCUGUAAAAAUGAUGAGAAGGUCAUUUGCUGGCUUUGUGUGCGGUCUCAGGAGCACUGUGGUCACCAAACAUUCCUUGUGGAGGAGGUGGUCAAGGAAUGUCAGGAGAAGCUCCAGGAGACUCUCACAAGGCUGAGGAAGGAGCAGCAGGAAGCUGAGAAGUUGGAAGCUCAGAUUAUUGAAGAGAGAGCUUCUUGGAAGCAUCAGACACAGACUGAGAGACAAAGGAUUCUGGCAGGUUUUAAUGACUUGCAUGCCAUCCUGGACAAUGAUAAGAAGAGGGAGCUGCAGAAGCUGGAGGAAGAAGAGGUGAAUGUUCUGGAUAAUCUGGCAGAGGUUAAAUACCAGCUGAUCCAGCAGUACCAGGAUCUGAGCGAUCUCAUCUCAGAUGUGGAGCAUAGGAUGCAGUGGUCAUCAGUAGAUACGAUGCAGGAUGUGAUUGACAUCGUGAAAAGGAGUGAGAGCUGGACCCUGAAGAAGCCAACAAUUGUUUCCAAGAAACUGAAGAAUGUGUGCCGAGUGCCAGAUCUGAAGGAAAUUCUGCAAGUAUUUAGAGAGCUGACAGAUGUCCAGUGCUACUGGGUGGAUGUGACACUGAAUCAAGUCAACACUUCUUCGAAUGUUGUCAUUUCUGCGGAUCAGAGACAAGUGGCAGUUCUGCGCAUUCCCAACUUUAGAAAUUCAGAUCAGCAUGAUUUUUCUGCUUUUGAUGUCUUGGGCUGCCAAUAUUUCUCCUCAGGGAAACAUUACUGGGAGGUAGAUGUGUCCAGGAAGACAGCCUGGAUCCUGGGGGUAUACUGUAGAGCAAAAGACCCCCAUGAAAGAUGGGCUUCUGUGUUUGCUUUUGGCUUAAAUGUAAGUAGUCAAAAUGUUUUCUCCAGAUACAGACCUCAAUAUGGCUACUGGGUUAUAGGGUUACAGAAUCAAUUUGAAUAUAAUGCCUUUGAGAACUCUUCCACCUCAAAUCCCCAGGUUUUGACUCUCUUCAUGGCUGUGCCUCCUCGUAGGAUUGGGGUUUUCCUAGACUAUGAGGCAGGCACUGUGUCAUUUUUUAAUGUCACAAACCAAGGGUCACUCAUCUACAAGUUCUCUCAGUGUUGCUUUUCUCAGUGUGUUUGUCCAUAUUUCAAUCCUUGUAAGUGCCCAGCCCCCAUGACCUUGUGCCCACCAAGCUCCUGAACCUUCUUAUUCCGUCACACACUUCUGCAUAGUGUCUUGUUCAGGGGCUCAGCUCCUGCACCUGAGCUCAUCUCCAGCAUUCUGACUGUCUCUUCCUUUCUUUCCCUUUCUUUUCUAUAGAAUGUCUUUUACUCUUCCAUAGCAUGUAAAGAUGCCUUGUAUCUUAUUCUUCCUAAUAUCUUGUUCCUGAUAUCAUUAGGAGAGAAUGCUCAUUUGUCAUAUUUCUAAGAGAAAGACAUCUAAUCCCUCCUAUAGAAAGAGCAGUAUUUCUGUUAAUUUCUCUGCCACCUCUUUUCUGCCUCAUUCCCUCUGCCACUUAACAGAAUUGACAAAGCAAAACCUGUCAACUUUUGUUCAUAUUAUCUAGGACAGUACAUCUGUCACUAAAUAAUGAACGCUUCAGAGAGUGGAGGUUUACCAGUGACGCUUCAUAUUCAUCAGGGAAUUAAAUAGGAAGCACACAAAUAAUAUGUUUACCAAGAGUGGAUUUUUGGUGCCGACGUCCAAAUCUGGUCUCUCCACUUACAAUAACUUUGAGUAAGUUACUUAACAUCUCUUGUUCUCAUUUUCCUAAAAUAAAAUUUUGUAUUAAGAAUUAUGCCUAAUAAUUAGGAUCACUUUAAGAAAGCUAAAUUUUAUUAAAUGUAAAUCACUUAUCUAAGAGUCUUGUUUAUAAGAAUAAACAUUUGCUCUCAUUAUUCUGAAAAAAAUGUAAGCUGUCCCAAUGUCCUGGGGAACAAGUAUUUUCACUUCAAGAGAACAAUAUUCGGCUCUAUGAAGUCUAAUUUUCCAGGUCCUAUAAUGAAAAACCCUGCUGCAGAUAGUAUGAGUUUCCAUGCUCUGUCCAAUAGUUUGGGUCCUGAUUAGGCUCAGCAGUUCUUAUGAGGGAUAGCCUUUUGCUGCUUAGGCCUUUUCCUUGAGGUGAAACAUUUGAGUAUACCACUCCAUUUAGCACCCCAUGCACUUUUAUUCUUUUCUAUCACUUUUAAACUCAGAAUGAGGAAUAGACCUACUUAGGAUAGCAAAGGCAAACUGUUCUUAGAGAAGUAUGCAUUAUAAACUAGGGCAGGCUCUAGAACUGCACAGAGCCCACAUCAGGAUUUGCACAAUUGCAGAGAAAGGGGUAGUAUCUUGGCCAUUCUGGAUGAAAAUGAAAGUACCUGGCUUGGAGUUGACAUAUAGUAAAGCUUGCAAGAGCCGGAAUCUCUGUCAGAGAAGGAAAACGCAGAUAUUUUCCACUAAAACGAGCAAUAGAAAAGUAGUAAGACUGCAUCCUGUCAAGGCAGAAAACUUGUGAGACCUGGAAAAACAAGGCAAUUCCUUCGAGUUCCAGCUCUUACAGAUUUCACUGUAUAUAUAUACGCACACGCACAUAUAUGCAUAUAUACACACAGAUAGGUAUAUAUAAUAUAUAAUCAUGAGUAUAAACCUAGCACAUACAUAAACAUUAUUCCAGGUAACUUUUACAAGUAUAAGAAAGAAAAUUUAUAACAGGAGGCUAAACUAAACCAAAACCAAACCCACCGCCAUCAAGUCGAUUCUGACUCACAGUGACCCCAUAGAGUUUCCAAGGCUAUAAAUCUUUAUGAAAGUAGACUGCCAUAUUUUCCUCCCGUGCAGGAGUUUAUAAACUGAGCUUUUCCCCAUGGUCCCAAGGCUAAUAAUGAGUGGUAGAGGCAGUGUUAGUACCAGGUCCAUGUUGUCUGCACCACACCUCCAGGGAGAAGGCAGCAGCCUGAUUCCUAAGGAUGUGGGACGGAAGUGAGAGCCCAGGAGAUGCUGAUCUGCAGGAGGAACCUGGAGCAUCUUAGGGAAAAUCUUAGCUGCCAUAAGAUGUAGACUGACAUGCUGAAAUCAUGAAGCCAUAAAGGACGCAGGAGUAGAUAACCAAAUCAUGAUAAUGAUUUGUUAACUCACUUCAUUAAAAACUAACCAACAAAAACCCCAUUACGGUGGUGUCAAUUCUGACUCAUGACAACCCCAUGUGAUACAGAGGAUAACUACUCCAUAGGGUUUUCUUGGCUAUAACCUUUACAGAAGCAGAUCGCUGGGGCCUUCUUCCAUGGAGCUGCUGGGUGGAUUUGAACCACCAACCUUUAGGUUAGUAGUCAAGUGCAAACUGCUCGCGCCACGCAGGGCCAAGCCACUUUAUUACCAGGAUGCCAUUGCAGUUGACAUGAAUAAAACGUUGCCUCACUUUAGAGUGUGAACUUUGUAAUUGGAUGGUUAAAAUCCUGGACUCUGAAAGCAGAUCAAAUUUUGUUUAAUUAUGAUACAGCACUUGACGGUUAAAGCACUUGACUGCUAACCAGCGGGUCCGUGGGAGAAAGAUAUGGCAAUCUGCUUCUGUAGAGAUUUACAGCCUUGGAAACCCUGUGGGGUCACUAUCAGUCAGAAUCGACUCCACAGCACUGGGUUUGGUUUUCAUUUUUUUUUUUUUUUUUUUUGUAUUACGUAGCCACUUAGUGGCCCUUAUCAAAUCAACUACUUUCUUUGGGAUCGGGUUUCUUAUUUGUAAAAUAGAUAAAAAUAGUAAAACUUACCUGAUGGAGAUAUUGUGGAAAUUAAAUAAUAGAAUGUUUGUAAUAACUUCUACCAUUUCCUAACACAUAAGCACUGAUGCAGAUUGGUGUCUAUUUUUUUUCUUGGCUUCUUUUCUCUUACUUGAAAUAAAUGAUUUUAAGAAGACACAUUAAUUUACUUUAAAAAAAUAAAAAUUAAUUUCCUUUACCUUUGCUUUGUUUCAAGAAAUAGAAUAAUUUGAUUAUGUAAUCAUGGAUUUAAAAGUCUGACUAUAAAAUAAAAUAUUACAUAAUUGUAAAAA